CAGCCUCCCUCCCCUCAGCCUCCCUCCCCUCAGCCUCCCUCCCCUCAGCCUCCCUCCCCUCAGCCUCCUCCCCCUCAGCCUCCCUCCCCUCAGCCUCCCUCCCCCUCACCUCCCUCCCCUCAGCCUCCCUCCCCUCAGCCUCCCUCCCCCUCAGCCUCCCUCCCCUCAGCCUCCUUCCCCUCAGCCUCCUCCCCUCAGCCUCCUUCCCCUCAGCCUCCCUCCCCUCAGCCUCCCUCCCCUCACCUCCCUCCCCCUCAGCCUCCCUCCCCUCAGCCUCCCUCCCCUCAGCCUCCUUCCCCUCAGCCUCCCUCCCCCUCACCUCCUCCCCCUCAGCCUCCCUCCCCCUCAGCCUCCUCCCCUCAGCCUCCCUCCCCUCAGCCUCCCUCCCCUCAGCCUCCCUCCCCUCAGCCUCCUUCCCCUCAGCCUCCCUCCCCCUCACCUCCCUCCCCUCAGCCUCCUCCCCCUCAGCCUCCCUCCCCUCAGCCUCCCUCCCCUCAGCCUCCUCCCCCUCAGCCUCCCUCCCCCUCAGCCUCCCUCCCCCUCAGCCUCCCUCCCCUCAGCCUCCCUCCCCUCAGCCUCCUUCCCCUCAGCCUCCCUCCCCCUCAGCCUCCCUCCCCUCAGCCUCCCUCCCCUCAGCCUCCUUCCCCUCAGCCUCCCUCCCCUCAGCCUCCCUCCCCCUCAGCCUCCCUCCCCUCAGCCUCCCUCCCCCUCAGCCUCCCUCCCCCUCAGCCUCCUUCCCCUCAGCCUCCCUCCCCUCAGCCUCCCUCCCCUCAGCCUCCAUCUCCCCUCAGCCUCCCUCCCCCUCAGCCUCCUCCCCCUCAGCCUCCCUCCCCCCCUCCCCCUCAGCCUCCCUCCCCUCAGCCUCCCUCCCCUCAGCCUCCCUCCCCUCAGCCUCCUUCCCCUCAGCCUCCAUCUCCCCCUCAGCCUCCCUCCCCUCAGCCUCCUUCCCCUCAGCCUCCCUCCCCUCAGCCUCCCCACCCCCUUCAGCUUCUCUCACCCCUCAGCCUUCCUCCCCCUCAGCCUCCCUCCCCUCAGCCUCCCUCCCCCUCAGCCUCCCUCCCCUCAGCCUCCUUCCCCUCAGCCUCCAUCUCCCCUCAGCCUCCCUCCCCUCAGCCUCCCUCCCCUCAGCCUCCCUCCCCUCAGCCUCCCUCCCCCUCAGCCUCCCCACCCCCUUCAGCUUCUCUCACCCCUCACCCCGGCCACGCGGCCAUUGUGGAUGUCCCGCAUCAGGUGCAGCCCCGGGGCCUUUGCAAGGCAUCGUUGCUGAGCCACACCCUGGCCAUCUUGAUGUUUUUGGGGCAGGCUCAGCCAAUGAGGAAGCGCAGCGGGUGCCGGGAAACAGUUGCCAUGACACCGGGAGCCGCUGGUCCCUGGAAAGGCUUGGUCCGAGGACCCGGCUCCAGCCACGUGGACGGGGAUGUGGCGCAGCUCCCGACCCACCGACCUGCCAUCGCUGGCUCUCAGAGCGAGUCUCACACACCUGAUGUGAAUCCGGCUGUGUGCCCCCUCUCGGCAUCAGCUCUGUCCUGCCCCGGGGCCUUUGCACAGCUGUAUCCCCUGCCCUGGGACCUUUGCACAGCUGUAUCCCCUGCCCCGGGUCCUUUGCACAGCUGCAUCCCCUGCCCCGGGGCCUUUGCACAGCUGCAUCCCCUGCCCCGGGGCCUUUGCACAGCUGCAUCCCCUGCCCCGGGGCCUUUGCACAGCUGCAUCCCCUGCCCCGGGGCCUUUGCACAGCUGCAUCCCCUGCCCCGGGGCCUUUGCACAGCUGCAUCCCCUGCCCCGGGGCCUUUGCACAGCUGCAUCCCCUGCCCCGGGGCCUUUGCACAGCUGCAUCCCCUGCCCCGGGGCCUUUGCACAGCUGCAUCCCCUGCCCCGGGGCCUUUGCACAGCUGCAUCCCCUGCCCCGGGGCCUUUGCACAGCUGCAUCCCCUGCCCCAGCUGCCCGCAGAGGCCUGGGAAGUCUGCGCAGGCGCUGUGGUGAUUCAGCCGCCGCAGGACUCGCAGCCAAUGGACGUGCUUCGCGAUGAGCCGCUGGUCGUGGUUUUAAGCGUGAAGAAACUGCCCCCGACCCCCGCUGCAUCCGCAGCAAAGGCAGGAUUUAAGGACUCGGAUGGGGCAGCUGCAAAAGCUCAGAGCCGCUGA